UUGAAUGAUCUACAAGACCAUGACCAAACCCAACAAUAAAAUCUGUAUUAAAUCCACCUUAGCCCUUCCCAUAAAAUCCCAACUUUCCCAAUAAUAUUUAUUUGACUAAAUCAUACUAUCAUUUUCCAACACCCUUCUUUUCUACUUUUCUUUCUCUUUUCUCAACCAACUAACUAUUGUAGCCAUGGAAAGUGAUGACGAAUGCAAUACAGGUCUAUGUCUCGGUCUUGGAAUGGGUGCAACGAAGGUGAAGAAGCAGAAAUUGGUGAAUAAACCUGUGAUUGCACCUUGUUUUGACCUAGCUUUUGAGCUUUGUUCAAAAGGAGAACCUAUGAACGUACACAACAACAACAAGGGUGAAAGAAUCAAUUUGGAGAGACACCAAUAUUAUCAAAAUGUAACGUGUAGCACUGAUUCUGAUAACAACAAUAACAACGAUCGUAGAAAGAAACUGAGGCUAACAAAGGAGCAAUCAUCCAUGCUUGAGAGCACCUUCAAGCUCCAUAACACUCUUAAUCCGGUUCAGAAAAUAGCACUUGCUGACCAAUUGAGUUUAAAGACAAGACAAAUUGAAGUUUGGUUUCAGAACAGGAGAGCAAGGACUAAGCUGAAGCAGAUAGAGGUGGAUUAUGAGUUGUUGAAAAAACAUUGUCAAAAUCUAAGUGAUGAGAACAAAAGAUUAAAGAAGGAAUUGCAGGAACUCAAGGUUGUUGGACAAUUCCCGUUAUGCCCUCAACGUUUAUCAUCAAAACCAGUGGUGACUCAUAGUACUUUGUGCUCUUCUUGCGAGCAGAAACCGUUGAAGCACAAUGAAGAUCAGAAGAAUAAUUUAUUAAUUGAUGGUUAAUUAAUUAAAUUAGAAUUAGAGGUGGGAAAUUGAUAAUGCUUAGAUAUUAGAUUGCUUUGUUACAGAAAGCUAGCAAAUAAUCAGGGAAAAAAAAAAUGAAAACACGUGUAUCCCCAAUUCCUCACAUUAGGUAUAUGAAAUUGGGACGUUGGUUAGACACGUGUAGUUUAAUUAAUUAAUUUUUUAGGUGCCUCUCUUAUUGAUUCAAUAUAUCACUCAACAUUUCUUUUUUUGAUUGGA